UCCGUUCCGUUCCGUUCCGUUCCGUUCCGCGCCCGCCAUGGCGGCCCCGGCCCGCCGGUCCCGGGCCCUGCUCGCCCUCGGCCUGGCCCUUCUCGCCGCCGCCGCCGUCUCGGCCACCGAUCCCUUCUCGCCGCAGCUCGGAGACACCGGCGGGUGCCGCGGGCAGUGCGGCCGCAGCCUGCAGCGCCGGGCCGCCGCCGAUGCUGUUCUCAACGCCUGUUACCGGGGCUGCCGGCUGUUCUCCAUCUGUCACUUCGUGGAUGCGAGCGCCGAGCUCAACACGACCAGAGCCGAGUGCGAAGCAGCCUGUGCUGAAGCCUACGGCAACGCGGAGGAGCAGUUCGGGUGCGUGACCGGGUGCCGCAAGCAGCUGCCCGAGGUGGAGGAGAGCAGGAAGGAGAGCCUGGAGCUGCAAGCGCCGUCCUUUUCCAUGUUGGAUUUGGUCUCCACCUUCUGCAACGACAUCGUCAGCUCUGCCCAGAGCUUCAUCUCCUCCACCUGGACCUUCUACCUGCAGGCAGACGAUGGCAAAGUCGUGGUGUUCCAGUCCCAGCCUGAGAUGGAGUAUCCAGCACCCGAGGCACUGGAGAUCCAACCAGCACAGCCAGGAUCGGGAUUGGGAUCCAGCCCUGGCAUCCCCCAGCCCCACACAGGCCCCCGGGCCAAGGGGGACAAGCCCCCCGUGAAGGAACGGAGCAAAACCAAGGCGAACCCCCCGGAACCCCCGCAGCAGGAGCACGAUUUCCUGGGCUGCAUGUCCAAGCGGGGGCUGGUGGGGUGCUACAGGCGCUCGGGCCUUCCUCGCUGGAUCCUGGCCGCCUGCCUCUUCCUCUCCAUCAUGGUGAUGCUGUGGCUUAGCUGUGCCAGCCUGGUAACCGCUCCCGAGCAGCACGUCAAGACCCAGCCUCUGAGCAUCAACGGGGACAAGGAGUACCUGGAGGACCUGGAUGGCCCCGGCACGUUCCCUCUGCCACCCGUCAUCACGGUCACCCUGUGCCCCGCGCCCGGCGGGGAGGACGCGGGGCCGCUGCCCCUCAAAGUCGACCUGGACAAAACCAUCCUGUAGCGCUCCCAUCCCUUCCCACCACCUCCACAUCCCUCUCACCAUCCCCACGGCCUCGCCCCGACCCCUCUCCGCUGCCCCUCGGGCUGUCCCAGCUCCCAGAGGGGCAUCUCUGGCUCCGGCCGGGUCCCGCUCUCCUCGCCGGGCACGGCCGCUGUGGGGAGGCUCCAGGAGCCGGACAGAGGCUCUGGCUCCUCCAGGGAUGUGCUGUGAGCUGGGAUCCCGGCUUGCAGAGCCCAGAGGGGAGCUGCCAGAGCGGAGGGAGCCCGUCCCCGAGCGGGACUCUCUGUCUCCUCCCGCCCGGAGCCACCGGGGCCCCGCAGCCCUCCGGGCAUGGGUCCAGCGCUGGGCAGGAGGGAGCCGGCUGCGGUGGGGGAUGGAGAGCGUCUGCAGCCUUCUGAGCUUUGGCUCGGCACAUCCCCGGCCUCCCACCUUGGGCUGAGCCUCCGAGGCGCCGGCCCCGGCCCUGGGAACUCCCUUCCGCCGGCCGGAGCCGACUGCCUCGGGGAGCCGAAACGUGGCGAAUGGAUUUGGCGUUGGCAGCCGGAGACAGGAGCGGAUCCCGCCGCUUCCGUGCCCACGCCAGCACCCAGCCAGGCUCUUCCCGGAGCUGCCGAGGGGCCCUGCGAUGGAUCCUUCCCCUCCCUGCUCCGUGAUGCCCUUGGAGAGCUGCCCCCGGUGCCAACAAGCUGCUGGUGGCACCGAGCAAGGGAUGGGGAAGCGUUUCCCUGAUUUCGAGCUCGGACAGGAGGUGGGAGCUGCUGGGACGGCUCCAUCCUGGGCUGGGCAGCCCUGCCCCGUGCUGGGGCUGGACCCGGGCUCGGUGUCCCUGGGCUCAAAGUGGGCACUGGGACCAGGCACGGCUCCUCUUGGCUCACCCUGGGCAUGGAGGUGUCUCCCCCCAUCCCCAUCUCCCCUCCAUUCUCCACCACUGGAUUUCAUUCAUCGUUUCGUGGUUUGAUUUGCACCGGCAUGCGGCUCCUCCAGCGCCCCGCGGGGACACCCCUGUGCCGGGAGGGUGCGGGUGUCGCCACCCCCGUGUCACCUAACACGUCUGUACAGAUUAACUUAUUACCCCCGCCCCCCUCUCCUGGUUUUUUGGGCUCUCUCCGUGUGCCGGGGGGCCGUGGCGAGGUGGGACGGGGCUGUCCCAUCCUUGUCCCCACCGAUUUUGUGCUGCUCCGUAUCACUUCCACCCGUCCCACAUAUCUGGGUUUGGGGAACCGGGUUGGGGGGAGGCGUGGGAGGGGUCUCGUGUCUGUUUUGGGGUCGGUUUUCGUUGUCGCUUUUGGGCCGCGUGUGAAGCUCGGUGGAGUUCGUGAUGUUCCCCCGGCCCCGGAGCUCUCCCGGCCUCGCCUCCCAAGGGCAAACCCAGCCCGAGCUGGGAUGGGGGAAUGGAAUAAAAGGUUUGUACCGGA